AAACUUGGAGAUUGGAAAACAAAAAUCGAUAGGAUAACCUUUUCCCUUUAGAAGAAACUUAAAAAGAAAAAAAGAAAAAAACAUUUGACAGACAAAAUCCCAUCAGUUAGACCAGAAAGAUGCCAAAACAUGUUAUUCCCUUCUGUUUUCAGUUUUCACACCAAACUUCCUCCCCUGAAUUUAAGACCCCAGCCCCAUCGCUUUAUGCCUCUCCUCAUCUUCUCCCAUUAGCCUCCUAGGCUUGUUUUCUUCUAAUCUCAGCUUCCUCCUUAUUCCAUCCCAUUCACUUCAAUUGAUCUCCAUCGAUUGAUUCGUCUCGUUGCUCCUCUACGUAUCGGAGCGCGUGGGUUUUGAUUUCCUUUUUCGUAUUAGCGUGUGUGUGAAGGACGUCGGGUAAUGCAACAUUAGUCGUACAUAAAAUCUUGGGACAACCUAUGAAGAACUUUAAAGCAGGUCGCAUAUUCUCUGAUGAGAGGAGCUCGCGCGGAAAGGGAUUUGACCGACUAAAAAGCACCGGCUCCAAUGAAGACGAUCCCGCCUCUAACCCGCCGAGGUAUGACAAGGAAGAGCCGGGAUUCAUGGACACUUCUCCUUCCUUUAUGACGUCGUCUCCGCUCACCAAGUCUCCGUGGUCAGCUCACAUGAGUCCCAUGGAAGCAACGGAGGCCGAGACCUUCUCCCCGAACGUCCUGAUGGGUUCUCUUGUCCGGGAAGAAGGACACAUAUACUCCCUUGCCGCCUCGGGGGACCUACUCUACACGGGUUCAGACAGCAAGAACAUUCGGGUGUGGAAGAACCAAAAGGAGUUCUCGGGCUUCAAGUCCAACAGCGGGCUGGUAAAGGCGAUCAUCAUAGCCGGCGAGAAGAUCUUCUCGGGCCACCAGGACGGUAAGAUCAGGGUGUGGAAGGUCUCGUCCAAGAGCCCGAACAUCCACAAGCGCAUAGGUACGCUCCCGACACUGAGGGAUUACAUCAAGAGCUCGCUGAACCCGAGCAACUACGUGGAGGUGAGGCGGAACCGUAACGCUGUCUGGAUCAAGCACUUUGACGCCAUCUCGUGCCUCAGCCUGAGUGAGGACAAGAAGCUACUAUACUCGGCAUCGUGGGACAAGACAUUCAAGGUUUGGAGAAUAUCCGAUUUCAAGUGCCUGGAGUCUAUCGCAGCCCACGACGAUGCCGUAAACUCUGUAGUUGCGGGCUUUGACGGCCUAGUCUUUACUGGGUCAGCAGAUGGCACGGUUAAGGUCUGGCGGAGGGAGCUCCAGGGGAAGGGCACGAAGCAUUUCUUCUCGCAGACCCUGCUCAAGCAGGAGUGCGCCGUCACGGCUCUGGCGGUCAACGAGGACGGGACAGUGGUCUACUGUGGCUCGUCGGACGGGCUGGUCAACUUCUGGGACCGGGAGAAGCAUCUCUCGCAUGGAGGGGUCUUGAGGGGCCACAAGCUCGCCGUGCUGUGCCUCAUCACGGCUGGCAACCUAGUGCUGAGCGGGUCGGCCGACAUGGGAAUAUGCGUGUGGAGGAAGGAGGGCCCCGACCACAUCUGCCUGUCCGUGCUAACGGGCCACAACGGCCCCGUUAAAUGCCUGGCAGCGGAGAAGGACCAGGAGUCUUUCGGGAGCGAGCAACGAUGGAUCGUGUACAGCGGCAGCCUGGACAAGUCAGUGAAGAUGUGGAGGGUGUCCGAGCAGGCGCCGCCAAUGCAGAGAGGGGCCCAACAGUCGGGGACGGCAUCAAUGGAACGCCGCAGCUCAGCCCGGUUGUCUGCAUCCCCAAGCCUCUCUCCUCAAGGUCGGGUUAGCCCGAAAUGAACCUAGCUAGAAUAGAGGGGUUGACGGUAUUAUCGGUAUAUCAAUUUUCAACAUGUAAAUUGUAAUUCUUGUGAUACGCGCAUGUUUGAAUAAUUGAUUGAUUACAAGGGCUUGUUGGCCACAUAAUGCCAAGAAGUUAAGAAAGAAAUUAUUGUAUGUCAAGUGUCAACAUUACUCCCCAAUCAACAUGCAUGGUAUAUUACAUCCAUGCAUGAAAAUUAAGGGAAACAUGGAUGAGUUAGUUAUAUGUAAUCAUCUUUCAAGAAAUCAUGUUUAUCGAAGAUAUAUUUAUCCAUGCGGAAUAUUAUUUA